AGUCUUUACGGAGGUAUCAGAUUUUCACCAAAAUGAACGUAGUAGUAGUUCUGUCUUUGUUCUUGGUUCAGGCUUUUGCCAUGACAACCAAACACCAUGGUCACCAUGGACACCAUAUGCAUACUGGACCAACACACGAGCCUGUGGAACAUGAAUCCCUUCAAUUUAAAUAUGAUCCUCAUACGAUGACGCUUAUGAUGGUUGCUCCUCAUAAUUGCUACCUGUAUACUGCAACCGGAUCCCAGUUGACGGAAGUACAUACCGCACACGGACUACAUACCAUGGAGAUGGAAGUGAUACGACUAGUUGAUGAUACAACAACCACCCACACUACCAUCUCACAUGAUGAACUUAUGGCUAUGAGCAAACCCCUAGCUCAUACGUGUCAUAACGCUAAAUCUGUGAUUACUAAGCUGAAUUAAAGAAGUGAAAUUAA